AUGUCGGCUGCUCGUCCAAGACUGUCCAUGGGACACAAUGGCCAGGGAGCGACUUCGGCGUCUUCUUCUUUGUCAUUGGGAGGGUCGACAGCGCAGCAUCAGCAUCAGCAGAGUAGCCAAGAUGGAGCAGGAGCAACGGCAGGAGCAAAUACUACUUCGGUCCAGGUUGCUGUCCGUGUUCGUCCGCUAAACUCGCACGAUGAGGCUACGAUUGCUCCUCGAUGGCAAAGAGCCGUGGUAGUCCCUACCUCUUCGAGCUCCGUUCAAGUUGAGCCUUCCACAGGACCUCCGGACGCCCUUGCGAGUACCUCUGGAGGGAUCAAAAGACAAGCGUGGACUUUCGAUAGGGUCCUAGGGCAAGAGGAUGGGCAGGAGCAAGUAUAUGCAGUAGCCCAGCCUCUCAUCACACACUUUCUGGAUGGAUACAAUGCGACAAUCCUUGCCUACGGGCAGACUUCAAGUGGAAAGUCCUUUACCAUGGGUACAAGUACAGCCGACGUCGACUUCGAAUCGCUAGUCGCUGGUCAGGCGAUUGACCCUCAGAUCGGAAUCAUCCCAAGAGCUGUAGCAGAAAUCUUCAAUCAAGUCAAGCAAAGUCAGCGCAAGACGGGAGCCAUCUCGUAUUCGGCCAAGGCUAGCUUCAUCGAGAUUUACAAUGAAGAGCUCAUCGAUCUGCUUGGCGACAGUGAAGGAGGCGCUCGACCGCUCGUUCAAAUCAGAGAGGACAAGGCUGGGAAUAUUCUUUGGAGUGGGCUGCGAGAGGCGAAGGUUCAAGGCGUCACAGAUGUGAUGAACCUCUUGCUACAAGGUUCUUCUAUUCGAAGGACCAACGAAACUGAUAUGAACGCCCAGUCUUCACGGUCUCACGCCAUCUUCUCGCUCACCUUAACACAGCAGCGGUGGGUCGGGACGGGUCCUCCUCCUCCUCCUACUGCUGCCUCUAGCUACCUCACCGGCGGUAGGAGUACGCCCAGUGGCAGGACCACUCCUACAGGACGUUCGACGUCGUCGGGUAUCCCACGGCCAGUCUCGAUGAUGCCUGGUGGGCUCCGCGCGCAAUCUCCUGCUGUACACAGCUCUGGGAGGGCCUCGCUUGGUGGUCGUCCCACGAGCUCGCUCAACUCCAGGAGCACCACGCCUCAACCAGGGACGCCGACUGCGGGGUCAGCUGAUGGUAGCUGGCAGAUUGUCACGUCCAAGUUCCACUUUGUGGAUCUGGCAGGUUCGGAAAGGCUCAAGCGGACUAAUGCUGCAGGUGAUCGUGCAAAGGAGGGGAUCUCGAUCAACGCUGGACUGCAUGCUCUGGGCAAUGUCAUCUCUGCCCUUGGCGAUCCUUCAAAGGCCAAGAGGACGACGCAUGUUCCUUAUCGAGACUCGAAACUGACUAGACUAUUGCAGGACAGUCUGGGAGGUAAUGCGCACACGCUGAUGAUCGCCUGUGUAGCCCCGACGGAAUACAACGUGGGUGAGACGAUCAAUACUCUUCAGUAUGCCAACCGGGCUCGCAACAUCAAAAACAAGGUCGAGCAGGGCGCAGUGGAGAUGGGCUGGGACGACAUCUCCUACCUGCAGAUGACAGUGACGCGACUACGCAAAGAGCUCGGCAUCCUCAAAGGUGCCAAAGGUAGUGGCGACGUUGCCUCCCUGAAGGCCUUGGAGAACAAGGAAGUGAUGCUGUGGCAGGGCAAAUACACUGAGAUCAGCCAGAAGCUAGCCCAGCUCACCGUCGAGCUGACCAAGUUGCAGCACAGAGGCUCUGCGGAAGAUGAUGACAAGGCCUUCCUCGCAGCUGCUGAGCCCAUCAUCAUCGAGUAUGAGCGGGCAAUUGAGGAUCUGGAGAACAAGUGCAACCUCAUGAAGGCUGCAUUGAGCCAUACCGAGGAAGUGGUCUACGAGCUCGAGAACACUGUCUCUCAACAGGAACAGCGCAUGCUGAAUGUUGAGCAACAGCUCGAGGCUCGUGAGACGACGAUCGUCGAGCUGCAAGCUCGUCUGGCAAAAGUGCAAACUCGAGAGACCGCUACAGAGGAGUAUGCGCGUGAUCUUGAAGCACGUCUGCAGUCCUUCUCUGGCAAGGACGCCGGUGAGGCAGAGGCGUCCGUGGAGCUCAAGAAGGAAAUGGUGAAGAUGAAGGAAGGUGAGGUUAGCAGAGAGCUGUACAUCAAGGGUCUUGAGGAGAGACUCGCAAAGGCAGAUGAGAGUGUCGUGACGCUUACGGCUCAAGUUGAGCGCCUGGAGAAGGACGUCGAGCGUCGAGACGAGGCGUACAAGGAGCUGCAGCAGCGCAUUGAAGCACUGAAUAAUGACGAGCAGACCAAGGCGAUCAUGGAGGAUUUCCAGAGGAGCGAGCAGUCCAAUCUAGAGCUGCGAGCUGAGAUGGACGCUCUCAAGGGGGAGCAUGACAUGGUCGUCAAGGAAAGAGGCCGUCUCAAUGAUGCUGCUGCUGCUCAUGAGCUACAUCGCGGAACCUUGGAGGACAAGAUCCGGGAGCUCGAGGCUGCUAUUGCUGCAAGCACCGCUGGCGAGGCUCGAGAUGCAUCACAGGCUGUGCCAAAUGGGGAACCCUCGCUGGCCAACGAAAAUCACGAAGAGAUCAAAGUCCCUUCGCCUUCGAUUGAAAGUGAACUUGAAGCCCUGCGUCAACAAGCGCAGAGCAGCCGUGAGGGCGAAAAGCAGGCCAAGGACGAGCUAGAAGCGAUCAAUGUCAAGCAUCAGGAGACUCUAGAGCAGCUCCAGAAACUCCAGCUCCAGAUCUCAGAGGCAAAGAUCUCGAGCUUCGCUCCCGAGAAUCAAAGGCCAUCUUCGGAAGCAGGCUUCUCGGAACCUCGAGAGGAGCUACUGGCUUCAGUCGACUCUGACUUUUCUCCUCGACCCAACUUGAGCCGGCGAGGCUCGAUGCAGUACAUUCCUCACCGUUCCAACGGUGAGGACUCGCCAUCGAGAGCAGACGAACAACUGACCCUUAAUAGAAGAGCGAGCUCUUUUUUUGGGUACAACCCGCGACAGGGAGGCCCAGACUCACCGUCUGGGCGGGAAAGACCGCGCUCCUUGUCACAGUCUUUAUCGCAGGAGCUCUCUUCGGCCACUUCUUCCACUGCUAUAGCCAGUCGCAGCAACAGCAUCAGCACCGGCAGCAGAGCUCCUCGACCACUAUCGCUUUCCGGAUCAUCGACAAUCUCCUUUUCGGUACCGCCGUCGCCGACGAUGACGCAGCAAUCCCCUGGUGGAAAGCAGCUCGAAGGAAGGUCACCGGCGAGCUAUGAUAGGAAGAAUGCCAUGCUGGAAAAGGGCCUCAUGUCCUUGCAGGAGGUCCUCAAGAAGCGAGAGGCGGAGAUUGCCAGUCUCCAAGCGGCUCUGAAGAGCAGGGAUGCCGAAGGAAGCAAUUCUGCUUCGACGCCUGUGGUCGGCCUCAAUAUCAUCGGUCCAACCACUGAGCCCGUUGUCGAUGAGAGCGAGAUCGCCAGAGACCUCAAGCCCGCUGAGCCAAACAUGAACUUGUUGGGCGCAGGAGGCGUCUCUCCUACGUUGACCGACUACCCCCAAGCCUUCUUUACGCCUGCUCUCGACCGCGACGCCAUUGAAGGGCCUGGGCAGUAUUUUGCCGGCUCGAGCAAAGAAUCCGAAAACGGCUCGCUUCCCUCGACGGCGGUCAGGAGUACGGACACCAGUCGAAUCGAUGAGCUGCUGAGGGCGAUGGCGCACCAGGAAGAGCUGCAUCGAGGCAAGACGGAUGAGCUUGCGGCCCUGCUCGAGGCGGAGAGACAGAUGAGCGAGACGCUCCAGAAGACAGCGGAGGUUCAGUCUGCUGAUCUUGCGGCGGAGAAUGAGAGGCUCAAGGAGCAGCUGGCUGCUCUUGCUAAGAACGACAAGGAGGCCGAUGUCACCAUCGUCAAGGAAGACCAGCCAUCUCAGUCCGCUCCCUCUCAGGAUCGCGACAGCACGAUGAUGGCUCAGGAGGUCCAGCAGCUCCGCCAGGCCCUUGCCGACAGCCAAGAUGAGCUAACGCAGCGGGAGCGCGCUUUCGAAGAGAAGCUCAAAGCGAUCAGCGACCAGGCCUCCCUGCAAGUCGAGGCGCCCAACGCGCCCGCCGCCAUUCCAGUAGAUGGAGAUUUGUCAGAUCAGGAGAAGGAAGCGGAAGGUGCAGCCGCAGCAGCAGUAGCACGACUGACUGAGGAGCACCAGUCUGCUCUUGAAGGCGCAAGGGCAGAGCAUCUAGCCGCUAUGGACUCGAUGAAGGCGGAGCAUCAGAGUGCCCUGGAGUCGGCAAAGGCACAGGGACAGGCUGCACUCGAGGCGAACGGGGCGGAGCAUCAGACAAAUCUGCAUCAGAUGAAGGCGGAGCAUCUGGCAGCACUGGCAACAAAGAGGGCAGAGCAUCAGCUUGUACUGGACUCGUUGAAGACAGAGCACGAAACGGCACUAGAGAGGACAACCGCUCAACAUGAGACUGCCCUGAAGUCCUUGAAGGCCGAUCAUCAGACAGCGUUGGAGACGGCAAAGGCGGAUCACCAGAGUAUCACCGACAAGCUGAUCGGGGAACACUCCGAGGCUGACGCGUCAAGCAGGAGCGCUCAAGGCGCCGCUUUGCAACAGGCUCAAGAAGCGCAUGAAGCGGCUCUUGCUCGUAUUUUAUCCGAAAAGGAUGCUGCUGUUGCGGAUCUGCGAAGUCUACUUGACCAGCAGCUCACCACUCUGGAGGAAGAGCAUGCACAAGCGUUGAGCAGUCAGCUGGCUGAGAGAGACGCGGCACAUCAAGCAAGUCUCGCAGAGUUGACGAAUCAGAUGCAGGCAAAGGUGCACGAACAUGAGAAGGCCCUCGCUGACCUGAAGAGCCAACACGAAGAAGCUCUCGCUGAGUCGAAGCUGCAGCACGAACAAGCCUUCGCCAAGCACCGCGUGGAAGCAGAAGCUGGAAUUGCUGCCACUGCAGCUGCUGUGGCCAAGGAUCUUCGCUCGUCCACCGAUUCUGCAGCCACCGUUGACUCUGAGCACCGGGCUGCCCUUGCCAGCCUCGAGGCAAAAGCAAAUGCCGAGCGCCAUCGUAUGCUGGCUGAUGUCCACAACCUUCAUCAAACAGAGAGGCAACGCAUGAUGGAGGAACAUGAAGCCAAACUCGAGUCUCUCCGCCAGGCGCACGAACAGGAAGUCGCGUCAUUAUCUCGCCGUCUUUCUGGCCUGUACGAUGUGAAUGGCAAAUUCGUGGACGUUGACGGUCUGCGAAACGAGCUGAUGGAGACAGGCGACGCUCUGGUCAUUCUGGAGGACGCGCUCACCAGCGUUUCUGCUGAAAGAGACGAGCUUGUCGAGGAGCUCAAUCGCCUCCGUUCCGAAGGCGGCGACAACCAAGCAGAGGAAUUCAAAGCCGAGGCGGCUGAGCUCCGAAGGGAGAUGGUGACCUACAGGCACAACCUGACGAACCUAAAGACGGAGCUGCAGCGCAGUAAGAAUGAGGUGCAGGCCAUCACGGAAGAGCGAACGAAGCUGGAGCAGCAAUUGCGGGAUCUGCAAGAGGAUGCUGCGGGUGGAAAGAGCUUCCUUCCGCGUCUCAGCGAGGAACAGGACGCCGAUGUCACACUGGGCGAUACUACCGUAUCCUCACCUGGCCCAUCUACACCUGUAGGCACCCCCGCUAUGGUUGGUCGGAGAUCAAUGCCACCGCCCACCCCUCCUCCCAAGGUUCCACCGCCUCCCACUCCACCUACGUCUGGCAGUGGUGCUGGUGGAACGCUGCCUCGCAGUUCGAUUCCUCUGGCUGCCCGCACAUCCCUCUCCUCUCUGAUGACAAGGGCCGAGUCACCAGGACCCACAACGCCUACUGGUACCAUUGGCACGAGCGCCUUGACUCGCUCUUCCUCCGGCGGAUCCAGACACACCUCCAUGGCCAGCAUCAAUCUGAACAACCUUGGCAGCCAAGAGGCCAAGAAGCUCCUCACGGAGCAGGGCGAGGAGCUCAGGCAGCUGGCCAAGCAGCUCUCGCACUGCGAGGCCGAUCUGCAGGCCAACAUCGAUCUGGUCACCACCCUCGAGGCCGCGUUGAAUGACUCGGAGCGCAACUUGCGCAAGUCGCGCGUGCAGCUCGGCGAAGUUACACGGGAACGCGAUCGCUAUGCCUCUCAAACGGAGGAUCUGCGAACGCAAUUACAGGCUUCGCAGAAGGAGGUGGAUAGUGUGAGGAGCAGCACAUUGGUAGAGAAGCAGGACUAUGAGCAAAAGAUUCGAGCAGAGAGGAUGGCAAAGGAGAAGGCUGCUAGGGAUCUUGAGGCGAGGUUGGAGGAGGUGAAUAGGAAGAAGUCGAGUAAGCUCUUUUGCUUGUGAGGGCGGGACUAGGGGGAGAUUUGUAAGGAGGCGGAGUAGAGCGCAAGCACCAGCCUAGCGGUGCGAUAGACGGUCUCUAUUAUUUUCCCUUAGAUGUGUGCAUCAUACCAUGUCGCUCCCUUCAUACCUGCUCCUUUCUCAUAGCGGUCCUUUGUCACUCUUUUGUCACACUUCAUU